AUGAAGGACUACUACAGAACUCUUGAUGUUACGCCAGAAGCAUCGACGGCUGAAAUUAAAAAAGCCUACCACAAGAUGGCGAGAAAGUUUCACCCGGACAAGAAUAAAGCGAAGGACGCGCACGAAAUGUUCAUCCGGAUAAAGGAAGCGUACGAGGUGCUCUCUGACCCGGUGAAACGAAAGCAGUUCGAAGCUGCACGAGCUGGACCUCGUAACUCUCGACGACAUCGCUCGACAAAAGCACGUCGACCACAUCCAUACAAGCGUCCAGCGCAAGAAAAGGAGCCAGAAAAGCGAAAGGGAACUUGGAUUGAGCUGACCCUUUAUUGGGUCAAUUACCCUGGUGGUGAAAAAGUGAACAUUCAUAAGCUUCGAAAGGCGCUGAAGAUGUGGUGGAUCAAAAAAGAAGGCGACUAUGUAAAAAUAAACUAUAGUAAGCAUUCGAAAGCCGAGAGAGAUGCUGCAGUUCUACGAGACCAGUUUCCUAAAAUCGUCGUCCGCUGGAUCGAUAAGUCGGACUUGAUAAACUGA